CUGAAUCUCCCCUUUCUUAUCGAAAGGAAAAAAGGGAAGAAAAAUGGGGGAAAAAAUCAAUGUGAUCUAUCAUUAAUCACUUUACUAAAUUAGGUUUUAGCAUAAUUAACCUCGCAAUUAAGCUUUCCUAGCUGAUCGAUCUUCGCUGAAAGGACUUGAGUGUUGUGGACCUCAAUUUUCGAGGGAUAGAACUGGAGAGUACUGAUGAAACAUGUUUCUUGUUUUCUGACAGCUUAAUUUGCUGAUCAGUGAUUUCAGUUUCCACGAUAACAAGACCACAAGGGGUCUAUAUUUUUGUUAUUUUCAAUGGCUGAUCACCGAAAUGUCAAAGGUAACACUAAUAAUGCCAAGGCGUCAGGAAGUGCGGCCAAUUCUUACACAAUCAAUCUUGAAAACUUCAGCAAACGGUUAAAGAUGUUGUACUCGCACUGGAGUGAGUUCAAGAAUGACCUAUGGGCUGGUUCUGAGGUUCUUGCGGUAGCAACUCCUCCACCAUCAGAGGAUCUGCGGUACCUGAAGUCAUCGGCCUUGAAUAUAUGGUUGAUUGGUUACGAGUUUCCAGACACAAUUAUGGUGUUCAUGCAGAAAGAGAUCCAUUUUGUCUGUAGCCAAAAGAAGGUGUCAUUACUAGAAGUUGUGAAAAAACCUGCCAAAGAUGCCGUAGGAGUGGAAAUCACAAUGCAUGUGAAAGCCAAAAAUGAUAAUGGGACAGCGUUAAUGGAUAGUAUAUUUAAAGCUGUCCGUGCAGAGUCACGGUUGAAUGGCCAUGAUACCCCUGUUUUUGGAUACAUAGCUAGAGAGGCUCCUGAAGGUAAUCUUCUUGAGCUGUGGGAUGAGAAGCUGAAGAGUGAAAAUUUUCAUCUUGCUGAUGUGACUAAUGGGUUCUCGGACCUGUUUGCUGUGAAAGAUACUGCUGAGAUUACGAAUGUGAAGAAGGCUGCUUACUUGACUUCAUCAGUUAUGAAAUAUUUUGUGGUGCCGAAGCUGGAAAAGAUUAUUGAUGAAGAGAAGAAGGUAUCUCAUUCUUCCUUAAUGGAUGACACAGAAAAGGUCAUACUUGAACCUGCAAAGAUAAAGGUGAAGCUGAAAGCUGACAAUGUUGAUAUCUGCUACCCACCAAUUUUUCAGAGUGGAGGAGUAUUUGAUCUGAAACCAAGUGCAUCAAGCAAUGAUGACAAUCUAUUCUAUGAUUCAACAAGCGUGAUCAUAUGUGCCAUAGGAUCUCGUUACAACAGCUACUGCUCAAAUGUAGCUAGGACAUUUCUGAUUGAUGCCAACUCAUUGCAGAGCAAGGCCUAUGAAGUCCUCCUGAAGGCCCAUGAUGCAGCAAUUGCUACCUUGAAGCCAGGAAAUAAGGCUGGUGAUGUCUAUCUAGCAGCCCUCUCAGUAGUUGAAAAGGAGGCACCUGAAUUGGCUCCCAACUUAACCAAAUCUGCAGGAACUGGAAUUGGCCUUGAAUUCCGUGAGUCAGGCCUCAGUCUAAAUGGCAAAAAUGACAGGAUACUGAAGACUGGCAUGGUCUUCAACGUGUCUCUUGGGUUUCAGAAUUUGCAAACUGAGACAAAGAAUCCAAAAACACAAAAGUUCUCUGUUUUGCUUGCUGACACGGUUAUCAUUGGUGAAAGUGCUCCGGAAGUGGUGACUUCUACAAGUUCAAAAGCUGUGAAGGAUGUGGCAUAUUCAUUUAACGAAGAUGGAGAAGAAGAAGAGCCUCCAAAAGUCAAAUCUACACCUAAUGUUUCUGAUACAUUCUCAUCCAAGGCAAAUCUCAGAUCUGUCAACCAUGAGAUGUCAAAGGAGGAGUUAAGGAGGCAGCACCAGGCAGCACUGGCUCGCCGGAAGAAUGAAGAAACUGCAAGGAGACUUGCUGGUGGUGGUUCUGAAGGGUCAAAUAACGGUCCUGUAAAACCCUCAGGUGAGCUGAUUGCAUAUAAGAAUGUCAAUGAUUUACCUCCUCCGAGGGAUUUUAUGAUUCAGGUUGACCAGAAGAAUGAGGCCAUCCUGUUGCCCAUCUAUGGAAAGAUGGUGCCUUUCCACAUUGCCACUGUGAAGACUGUGUCCAGUCAGCAGGAUACCAGUCGUACAUGCUAUAUUCGGAUUAUCUUUAAUGUGCCUGGCGCCCCUUUUAGUCAACAUGACCCAAACUUGCAGAAGUUUCAUGAUUCUAUUUAUGUUAAAGAAGUUUCAUUCCACUCCAAGGACCCAAGGCAUAUUAGUGAAGUUGUUCAAUUAAUUAAGACCCUUCGCAGGCAGGUCGCAUCCCGUGAGUCAGAGAAGGCUGAGAGAGCAACUUUGGUUACACAAGAAAAACUCCAACUUGCUGGAGCAAAGUUUAAGCCAAUUAGGUUAUCAGACUUGUGGAUCCGUCCAGUAUUUGGUGGCCGUGGAAGAAAGCUCAGUGGUACCUUAGAGGCUCAUACAAAUGGGUUCCGUUAUGCAACAUCAAGACAGGAUGAACGGGUGGAUAUCAUGUUUGCAAACGUCAAACAUGCAUUCUUCCAGCCAGCAGAGAAGGAAAUGAUCACUCUCUUGCAUUUCCAUCUGCACAACCACAUAAUGGUUGGAAACAAGAAAACCAAGGAUGUUCAGUUUUAUGUUGAAGUCAUGGAUGUGGUACAGACAAUUGGAGGUGGAAAGAGGUCUGCCUAUGACCCCGACGAGAUUGAAGAGGAGCAGCGCGAAAGAGAUAGAAAGAACAAGAUUAGCUUGGAUUUUCAGAACUUUGUGAACAGAGUGAAUGAUCUUUGGGGACAACCUCAAUUUAAACCACUGGAUUUGGAGUUUGAUCAGCCACUGAGAGAACUUGGCUUCCAUGGGGUGCCACACAAAUCAUCUGCAUUCAUAGUCCCAACAUCGAGCUGCCUUGUUGAGCUCAUAGAGACACCCUUUGUGGUAAUUACUUUGAGUGAGAUUGAAAUAGUUAAUUUGGAGAGAGUUGGUCUUGGUCAGAAGAAUUUUGACAUGACUAUUGUAUUUAAGGACUUCAAGAGAGAUGUAAUGCGGAUUGAUUCAAUCCCUACAUCAUCGCUAGAUGGCAUCAAGGAGUGGCUUGAUACAACAGAUCUCAAGUAUUACGAGAGUAGGCUAAAUCUUAACUGGAGGCAGAUAUUAAAAACAAUCACCGAUGACCCCGAGCAAUUCAUAGAGGAUGGUGGAUGGGAAUUUUUGAACUUGGAGGCCAGUGAUUCAGAUUCUGAGAAUUCUCAGGAGUCAGAUCAAGGAUACGUUCCUUCAGAUGUACAAUCUGACUCCGGCUCAGAUGAUGAGGAUGAUGACAGUGAGUCACUAGUGGAGUCGGAGGAUGAUGAGGAAGAUGAUUCUGAUGAAGAUUCUGAAGAAGAUGAAGGGAAAACCUGGGAGGAGUUGGAGAGAGAAGCUAGUAAUGCAGAUAGAGAGAAGGGAAAUGAAUCAGAUAGUGAGGAGGACAGAAAAAGAAGGAAAAUGAAGGCAUUGGGGAAAUCUCGGCCACCAGAAAGGAGACCUGGAGGCAGCCUUCCUAAGAAGGCCAGAUUUAGGUAAAAGAACGACAGAGGAUCAAAUGCUGCUAUAAAUCUCUGUAAUAGGUAAUAUGUGGUUCAUUUGUUUGAUCUCUAUGGUAUUAAACAGAACAUGCAUUCCUCUGUUAUUGAGUUUAAUUACAAACUUAUGAACUUUAUAUUCCUAUGUUAUGGGAGGAUGUGAAUCUUUUCACCUCCAGAUCAUUGUACCUUAUCCAUGUUACCAUUUAUAAUUCAGUUAAUAUUUUUUUUUU